AUGGCGGCGAUCGAGGUGGUCGACGUGCGGACCGACAUGCGGCUGCAGCGGUUCGACGGCACGGGUGAGAAGUGGGGAGACUGGAGUCUCCGAUUCGAGGCCUACACCGCGCUGCCCGGUUUCGAGGAGUUCAUGGCCGCGGCGGACCAAAGGCAGGACCCGCUGCUGAACGACCAGCUCGACGAGCGCGCGAGGCAGGUCAGCCAGCGUCUGUGGCACCUGCUGACCACGUAUUGUGAGGGCAAGGCGAUGGGAGUGGUCAAGCUCUUGCGCAAGAGCGGCCUCGAGGACAAGUGGGCCAAGGAUCGCGAGGCGGGCGUCGACUUCUUUCAGUCGCUCACCGCCUCGGAGGCGAUCGUGGCCGAGUACGUGGAUCAGAGCGGCGAAGCCGUCUCUGACAAUGUCAAGGUGAGCGUGCUGCUGGAGCACGCGCCAGAUCCAUAUCGUGAGGUGCUGCGACAGGCCCCAGAGGAGGUGAAGCUCACAUUCGGUGCAGCUCGCAGUCACAUCAGGGGCUACUACAAACAGGGAAGGACUUCAACUCACGUCCCAGACGUGGGUGGGGUCGUCCCGAUGCAGGUGGAUGCAGUCCGCGCCCGGCUUCCCAAUGGCAUGGCCAGCGGCGAGGGCAAGACGCACAAGUCGGACAAGUCAGGCGGGACGUCGGGCAGAUCCCAGAAGGGCAAGGACUCGAAGACCCAGUCUAAUGGUCGUGACGGCGGCAAGCACGGCAACAACCAGCCGGAGGUUUUUGACGGCGAGUGCGGCUACUGCGGCAAGUGGGGCCACAAGCGGGCAGACUGCAGGAAGAAGGCCGACGACUCGAAGAAGGAGCCAGGUCACACGCCAGCGGUUCAAGGCGACGCGGCCUCGCCAUCAGGCCAGCAGCCAGCGGAUGGCACGGUGAAGGCGGCGUCGGGCUACUAUGACGGCAAGCCCGACGGCUGGGUGUUCGCGGUCACGGCGCAGACGGACGGCAAGGUGGCGAAGGUCGGCGGCUCCAUCUUGGUCGACAGCGGCAGCGACGAUCAUCUCUGCAGGCGUAGAUUUGUCCCAGAGGCCCCCAUCAGCGCUGCAGUGGACGCGCCGAGGCUCUUCGACGUGCAGCAGCGCCCACUACCGACGGCAGGCCUGAGGGGAGCAGAAAUGACCAUGAAGGAGGGCAUCACGGCGACGGCGGACUUCCUCGUCGCUGACGUGAACGACGAUCUGCUGAGCAUGGGGGAGCUGCUCAGGCAGGGCUUCAGGUUCAACCACAGCUUGGAGGACUGGCUCUACAUGACGAAGGGCCAUCGAAGCGUGCAGCUCACGCUGGAGAGGAACAGCCUCAGGUUCCCGAUUGUCGCGGCGGGCCCUGCAGCUGAGGCUCACCGCUGCCUCGGCGCGGCAGAGCGGCAGGAUGCGGCGACAGCUCCUGUGCUCAACGCGGACAGCUCGGUCGGCGCGAUGAGGGCCAGGCUGAGGAAGUUGUGCGUGCCCAUCUACGGUGCCAAGGCGGAGCUCUGGGACAGGCCCAUCGUGGCGGAGGCCGCGGUCAGGCGAUCGGAGGCUGAGAGGGCGCGCAAGCAGGCAGUCACGGAGCAGCUCGGGUGCGAGGAGUGCACCCGCGGCAAGACACCCGACACUCCUCGCACUCACGUCGCGCUCGAGGACUCCGAGCGGAAGGCGCCGCUCAUCAGCUUUGACUUUGGGUUCUGCAAGACGGCUGAUGAGGGCGGGGGUUUGGCGAAGGUUGAGGGCGCCUACGCGACCAUGCCCGUGGCGUUCAGCUCGGACGCUGGAGUAGUAAAGGUCAUUCCAUGCCCAUCGAAGUCGGCAUUGCCAUGCGCGAUUGAAGGUAUCAAGCAGUUCGCGCAGCGGCUCGAGACGGGCAAGUGCAGACUCAGGACCGACUCGGAGCCUGCAUCGAAGGCGAUCCUGGACGGGGUAGUCGCAGAGCUGACGGGCAAGGUCAUUCCAGAGCUGACGCCCACGCACAGCAGCCAGUCCAACCCAGCGGAGGCGGCGGCGAAGAUCGCCGCGGGCCAGACGCGGGUCCUCAGGUUGGAUCUUGGGAAGCGCUACGGCACCAAGAUCACGGCGGCGAUGCCGAUCCGGGCCUGGAUGAUGCGUCACGCUGGGUGGCUGCACGAACGGUAUUCGCGACGAGCUGGAGGGCAGAGCCCGCAUGAGAUGGCGACGGGCACGCCGUGCAAGGGCGACCUCUGCAACUUCGGCGAAGCGGCAGAGAGGCGCGGGCUGCCGCCUGAGGCGGGGGCCUCAGAGAGCAUGCGAGCGCGGGUUGCGGCGGUUCACGAGCUGGGCGUCGGCGACAUAGACGACCCGCCCGACGCGUUCUGGGAGGGGAUCUCGGAUGAGGUCGAGGACCCGACCGAGGUCAUGUUCGACGUGGACGGGCAGGGCGAGCUGGAUAAGAAGCUCACGCUGGAGCACCUGCAGAGCCUCCUGGACCACGGCGUCGGCGAGGACAUCCCCAAGUCGGAGGCAAGGGGGAUGAAACGCAUCGCCGCCCGCUGGGAGAAGCAGUGGAGGUGGAAGCCAGCGCGACUGGAGUGGCAGCGUAAGGUGAGGUUCGUGUGCCGUGAGUUCCGCUGGCAGGAGUGGCGCGACGACCUGUUCACGCCAGGAUCGGCUCCGAUCUCCAACAGGCUCAUCGACUUCGCGGCUCUCAAGCGCGGCUUCGAGGUGAUGGCGCUGGACGCGACGGGCGCCUUCUACCGGGCGCCCGAGCACGAGGACGUGGUGGUGGAUCCACCGCAGGAGUACUUGGGCAGGCUGCAGGCAGAGGGCAAGAGCACGGACAUCUACUGGAAGUUGAAGAGACAGUUGCCUGGCAGGCGCACGGCGGCGCCUGGCUGGGUGGAGCACAUGGCGGGCACCCUCAUGGGCGAGAUGCGCAUGGCGAGGUGCGAGGUGGCUCCUCAGUUCUUCUACAACUCAGAGACCGAGGUGGUGGUCGAGCUCCACAUGUGCGACCUGCGCAUGGCAGGGCCAAGGGGCGCGCUGGAGGGCUUCCGCGACGAGCUGGGACAGCGCGUGACCUUCAGCGGCGGCGAGAUCCACGAGCACGGCGCCACCUGCGAGCACCUGGAGGGGCUGAGGGCGCGGUUCGAGCACGGGGCGGAGCUGAGGGCGAACCCGAAGUACCUGGACUACGUGGUGGAGACACUUGGUCUCGGGGGCGCGAACACGGCUGGCAUGUGCCGAUCAUGCGUGGGGGCGCUGAUGUACUGCGCCCAUGACAGGGCGGACUGCCAGUGUCAGGUGAGCCUGCUAGGACGGAUGCCGUCGGGCCCCACCGCCGGUGCCUUCACUGCACUUAAGUGGUUGGCCAGGUACUUGAUGGGCACGAGGGGUGCGGUGAACUGGCCCCCGAGGCCGACGGAGGGCACAAACGUCGAGCUGGUGGGCUACGGCGACAGCGACUGGGGGAUUGUGGCGACUAGCUCGGGAGUGGCAGAGUACUACGCGGCGACUGCGGUCGCCGAGGAUCUCCUUUACUUCAAGUCGCUCCUGGAGUUCAUGGGCUUCACGGUGGCGGCGACUCUUCUGACGGACUCGUCGGCGGCCCGAGGGAUUGCCAAACGCGAGAAAGUUGGCAAGGUCAGAAGCCUGGAGGCGCGCGUGCUUUGGGCCCAGCAGGCGAUCAAGAGGAAGCUGAUGGACCUCGGGACCGUCGGCACCGACAACAACCAGGCCGACCUGGGCACGAAUACCAUCGGGUACGAGCGCUUCGUCAAGCUCAGGACGAUGAACGGCAUCUACACGGACAUGGGCCAGGUCGCGGAGAGCGACCACCAGUCGGAGGAGAUGGACUUCGAGGUGGGGGCGGCGGCUCGGGUUCGGCGCGCCCCAGGCGCGGCCGCUUCACCGAAUGUGACCCGCUCAGCGCCUCUGGCGAUGAUCACGGCGGCGGUAGCGCUCCUUCAAGGGUGCGAAGGGCCCGCCACCGAGUACGACGGCUACUGCGACGCGGAGGUUUGCUCCAAGGACGGCGCGGUCGUGAGCGAUUGGACGAACUACUGGCUGGUGCUGGUCGUCUGGACGCUGGUCGUGGCCACCGUCUUCGGCUACGCGGGGUUCCGCUACGCCAGCUGGGGGGAGCAGGAGUGGCUCCUCGUCCAGACCCAACCCGGUGACGCGAAGGACAAGAAGAUCGACUCUGGCAUUGGCUGCAUGUCAUCCACGUCGACCAAGUCGACUGUGGACCAGAGCAACCGCAUGAGGAGGACGGUUGGCACUCAACCGCAGACAACGUACAAGUGGAGAUGGGCCACUCCACGUUUUCAGCCACUGUCGAUCAGCAUGCACGGUGCCUUCCUUGAGGCCGGCCCAGGAGUGCCCCUCUUGACCAGCGACCGCCAGUGUGCAGCCCAGUGGGCCGUGGUCCAGAUCUAUUGUUGCAGGUUGAUGCGGAUCAACACGGACAGUCUGGACAACUCCGACAGCAACGGCAGCGGCGCGGCGGAGUCCCCCUGCGGGGAGAGCGCCUCCCAGAUCCAGAGUGCAGAGCUGGACCUACGAGGGGAGUGGCUGGCGGGCGCCUCUGGCGCCGGCGCUCCUCUGCUCCUGUUUCCCUGCGCGAAGGCCUCGGUGCGUGACGACAAGAAGAAGGCCGAGCGCGGCCUGCCGAAGCUGCCUGCGGGGGGCUCGGGCCCGGCCGGCGGGGCGCGGAGGCCCCCCGCGGUCGGGGCGCGCGCAGGCGGGGUCGCACCGUCCACCAGCACGAGACGCCAGGCGCCGCCAGCCAAGGCGUGUGCAUGGAUGGGGCUCCGCCGAGGGCUGGCGCUAGUGGCGGAGGCGCUCGGGGACUCGAGCUGCCUGGUCGUCAGCGGCGGGACCGGCAGCGGCAAGAGCACCCAGAUUCCGCAGUACCUGGUCGACGAUUUCAGACCAGAGGGGCUAGGUGGCCCGACCGACGCCGCCAGCCCCAAGGGCGACAGCGGCGCCAGGUGGGCGGAGGCGCCCUCGUCCGCGGCCAGCACCGCCGACGGCACCGCCUCCGAGGGGCCCUUGUCCUGGGCGCGGUCGGCCCGGGUGGUCGUGACGGAGCCGCGCCGCAUCGCCGCGAUCGCCCUCGCGGAGAGGGUGGCCUUCGAGCGGGGCGAGCCCGUGGGGCGCAGCGUGGGGUACAGCGUGCGCGGCGACUCGUCGCCGCCCAACCGCGGGCUGCGCGGCGGCACCAUGGAGUUCUGCACGGUUGGCAUAUUGCUGCGCAGGCUGCAGAGGGACCCUCUCCUGAAGGAGGUCUCACACGUGCUCGUCGAUGAAGUUCACGAGAGGGACCUCAUGACGGAUUUUUUGCUGAUCCUUCUGAAGGAGCUGCUGUGCGUGCGGAGCGACCUGCGCGUCGUACUUAUGAGCGCCACGCUCGACGUCCACACGUUCACGGGGUACUUCUGGGGCUGCCCCUGCCUGGAGAUCCCCACCGGGCCUCGCUACGAGGUGCAGGAGGUUCCUGGGCGUUUCUGCAAGUUCUCGCGGCCACUGCUGGAGCGGGCUCGGAACGCGGGCCCUGUCGAGGAGCCCCUGGACAGGCGGGAGCGCAGUGGCAGCCGCAAGGAAAGCCCGGUGAAGAAGAAGGGCAAGAAGAGCCCCGAGAAGAAGGGGAAGAAGAGCCCCGAGAAGGGGAAGAAGAGCCCGGCGAAGAGCCGCAAGCUGAAGGCGCGCAAGAGCCCCGCGAAGAGCCGCAGCCGCAGCAAGACCCCGCCGCCGGCGAAGGUCAGCCGCAGGAGCCGGAGCGUCCGCAAGGCCGGGGUCCGGACGAGGAGUCGCAGCAGGCGCCGCAGCCAGAGCCGCCGCAGGUUGCUGGGGACCAUCCUCGCGGACUCCUCCGCCGCCGCUGCGCCGGGCGACGAGGACGACGACGUGCCGCCGCCGCCCGCGCCUCGGCCGGCCGAUGCGCGAGGAUCGAGGUCUUUAGAUGCUUUCACCUAUGCUGGCAGUUUUGGCUUGUGGGUGUUCGCAAACGUAGUCCUGUCCCACUGCAGCCGCUGCCGAGAUAAGCUGGAGGUCUCCAGGGGCGUCCAGAGUCUGCAGGCCCCCGUAGACAAGGAGGCGCCGGCGAGGGCACAGGAGCCGGCCGCCGAGCGGCCGCCAGCGGAGCCGGACGCCGAGCGGCCAAGGACCGGCUGGGACGUGCAGGGCCCCGACCCCGCGGGCCAGCGGAUGGUACACGAGAUUGUCACUGCGGCCGCAAGCUUCGCCAACCAGCUGGCUGCCUCUGCCAUAGGCGGGUGGGCCGUGCGGCCAGACGCGCCGCCCUGCCCGGCCUGCGUGUGCGAACCACGGCUCACGUGCGGGGCUUGCCCCGGGCCGGCGGCGGCGCCAGUGUGCCCAGCGGUCACCUGCGACUGCAAGGGCUUGGAGUGCCCGGCGUGCGAGGCCGGGCAGCAGCGGCCGGGGCUCUCGCUCUCGGCCGCGCUGGGCAGCAGGCUCGCGGCAGCCGCGGGCUUCGCCGCCGGAGCUGUCUGGACGCGGGGGUGCCGGAGGGGCGCCCGGCAGCCGGGGCUCCGACCCGGCCUCGCGGCGCUGGAGGAGGCGCCCACCGGCCGCGGCGCCGGUACGAUGGCGGCGGCAGCAGCAGCCGCGCGGCUGUCGCUCGACAUCCCCGAGCCCCAGGUGGCGGUCAACUUCGACGAGGACCCGAACUUCAGGCUCGAGGCGGACGCGCUGGGCAACGUGCUGGCAGCGGCGCCCGCGGAGCCGGGCGCGGCGGCGGCCGCCGCCGGCCUGGCGGCCGACUGGCGCUUCGCCGACACGGCGUACGAGAAGUUCGCGGAGACGGAGCAGAAGACCGCGGCCAUCACCAUGAAGCAGCAGCGCCCGUGCCAGGAGGAGGAGGACAAGCGCCGGGGCCACAAGGACAAGGACAAGAACAACAAGGACAAGGACAAGCGCCGGCGAGCCAAGACCGAGGCGCUGGUCGAAGGGGCCGUGGCGUCUCUCAACGCCAUGGCGCGCUGCCAGCCGGGAAGGGUUCUUCGCGCGGAGGAGCCUCGCCGUCUUUUUGAUGCUGACAUCGCGCCCGUGCAGGACGCGAUGUUGUGCAACGUUGCAAGAGCAGCUAAGCAGUUCGUGCCUGCGCCCGUCGUCGCGGAGGAGUUCCCCGAGGGCGCCCUGGCCGAGCUGGCGCAGUGUAAGUCUAUCUACGACCUGGACGGAAACUCCGCCCAGGCUGACUACGACCCCUCGAAGCUCAAGGUGCUCGAGCGGGCCUCCGUGCCGCUGGGCGCCCUGGACGUGGCGGGCGACGAGUGCCGCAGGUACCUCGAGGACCCGGACAACCUCAUCGUUCUCCCGCCCGACGAGCUCGCCUCGGUGGACGCGCCGGUCAAGGCGCACUGGGACAAGCAGUUCGCACGGCCAGGCGCAGCUCGACGGGAGUUCAUCCGGCGCCUCGACAAGGUCGGGCUCGUGGCCUGGCGGCUCCGUGCCCGAGCAGAGUGCGGGGCCUUCUUCGUCAAGAAGAAGGAAGGCAUGGACCUCAAGGGCGGCUUCUACCAGUUCAGGGUGGGGUCCGUCGCCAGCUGGUUCUCUCUCGGGGAGUCCUUCACCGCGGCCGAGGCCGGGGUCACCUCCGUCUACAGCGACGAGAAGGCGUGCUUCGUGGAGAUGCGCCGCGUGGUGGGGCACCUCGUCGACCACUUCUCGGCGCGGCGGGAGCUGCUCUCCUGCUUUUGCUUCGUCUACCGCUUCAUCGGAGACGGGGCGGGGCCCGCGAGGAGGCUCGACACCGCGACGCUGGAGGAGCUCCGCAUCAUCCAGGGGCUGCUGCCGCUCGCCGUCGUGGAGCUCGGGCGGCGAGAGCUCCUGGGCGCCCUGCCGGGCGGCCCCGAGGCGGUGCUGGAGGGUGCCCUCACCGACUUCGCGCGCGACUACCUGCUGCGGGACGUCGCCGACGCGAGGGCGCGGUGCGUGCCCGAGCGCCAGCCGCUGGUGGAGGUCGUCGGGCGGGUCCCGACCCUCAGCGCCUCUUGGGGCGAUCCGCGGCGGUGGGAAGCCGUGGUCAUCGGCAAGUGGAGGAAGCCGGACAAGAUUCGCAACCUUGAGGCCCGGGCCGCGAUCAUGGGGCUCCAGGAGUAUUGUGGCGACCCGGACCACCACUCGUCCGUCGUCCUGUCUCUCGGUGACAACAUGCCCGAGGUCCUGGCCAUUGGGCGAGGCAGGUCGCGCACGUGGGACCUCCUGCCGCUGGUCAGACGCGCGGGAGCCUGGCAGGUGGCGGCCAACGUGCGCUGGGCGCGGCGCCACAUCGAGACGCGCAGCAACCCCAGCGACUACGGCAGCAGGCUGCCCCACCUCCGGCCAGGCGAGGUCCGCCGCGGCGUGGCGGCUCGCCAGCUGGGCGCCGGGCGGCCGAGGGCCGCGCUCUGCGGGGCGCCAGGCCAGCUUGCCCUCAGCGCCCUUGGCACCCCCGCCCGCGGGCCAGAUCCGCUCGAGCGGGAGCCGCCAGGCCGUCUGCGAGACAGGCCGCCGCGGGAGCCCAGCGACCGCCGGCCGCCUCGGCAGCAGCAGUACUUCCUGGAGCUCUUCGCGGGGUGCAUGCGGCUCACCGCCUGCGUCGCCGCGCUCGGCCUGGCCGUCGCCGUGCCCGUCGACCUCGAGCUGGGGCUCGUGGUGGCGGCCGCGACCCGCAAGCGGUACGAGCAGUGCUACGCCGCCGUGGCGCACGCGGUCGGGCGGCUGCCCAAGAAGGACGACUACGACGCCUGGGGCCGCAUCAUGGUGGACUACGUGGAGGACCUCUACCGCGCCGGCGACGCGGCCACCGCAGCGAGGUACGCGUUCCACGGGGUCGCCUUCGUCAACGACUGGCCUCGGCGCUCCCCCGACCCGCUGCCCAAGACGCGGCUGUCCAUCCUGGCCUUCGCGAGGUCGUCCCCUGAGCACUGCCGCGACCCGCCUGCGGUCGAGCUGGUGUUGCUCGUGCUCGACCACUUCCUCGACCGGGCGGUGGGCGAAGAUUGCUUGCGCAUGGCCCUCGUCGCCGCCCACGGGGCCAUCAGCUUUGAUUGCUACCUGCGGCCGUCCGAGGGCUGGGCCAUCACCGUGGCGCCAGCAGGGAUCGACGCCAAGCCGGCGAAGAACCGCCGCUUCGAUGCCAGCGUGCUCGUGGGCGCCCACGACAGGAUGCUCAAGCUGCCCGACCUCGAGAAGGAGUAUCGUGCCGCUUCGGCCGCCCUCGGUUUCCGUGCGAUCCCUCACGGGCUGCGACAUGCUGGCCCGUCUCACGACGCCGUGGUCCACAAAGUGAAGAUAGAGGGCGUGCAAGCACGGGGACGCUGGGCCUCUCUGGAGUCGUGCCGCAUCUACACGAAGCCAGCGACCUUGGUUCGGUCGCUGAACGCCGUGAGCGACGACCUCCUGGACCGCGCUGGUGCCCUGAAGGCGACCUUCAGCCGGAGGCUCUUGAGCGUGCUCCGCGAGGGGCUUGGAGUCCCGCCCAGCAGAGGCUGGACCAUCGCCGUGGCGCCAGCAGGGAUCGACGCCAAGCCGGCGAAGAACCGCCGCUUCGAUGCCAGCGUGCUCGUGGGCGCCCACGACAGGCAGUGGGUCUGCGAGGUGCUAGAGCUCCUCGCGGCCGACCUCCAGCCGAACGAUCGGGUGUUCAGGAUGCUCAAGCUGCCCGACCUCGAGAAGGAGUAUCGUGCCGCUUCGGCCGCCCUCGGUUUCCGUGCGAUCCCUCACGGGCUGCGACAUGCUGGCCCGUCUCACGACGCCGUGGUCCACAAAGUGAAGAUAGAGGGCGUGCAAGCACGGGGGCGCUGGGCCUCUCUGGAGUCGUGCCGCAUCUACACGAAGCCAGCGACCUUGGUUCGGUCGCUGAACGCCGUGAGCGACGACCUCCUGGACCGCGCUGGUGCCCUGAAGGCGACCUUCAGCCGGAGGCUCUUGAGCGUGCUCCGCGAGGGGCUUGGAGCCCCGCCCAGCAGAGGCGGACUCAAGCGCAGGAGAGGCGUGACGAUCGUGUCCAGCGACUCCUGGAGGAUCGUCCUGACCUGCAGCUUUUGCCUGGAGGUGUCCACCCUCUCCGCCACCUUGGGCGUACCUGGCUGUGAUGAGGCCUUGCUCCCUGGCCGCGCGCGCGGCUGCAGGGAGGCCCUCGAACGGCCAGCGCAGAUGUUCGAGAGUCGCAUCCCAGAGCCCGUAUACUCGCAGCGCCCGGCGGCCGCCGACGCGGGCGCCGCGCCGGCCGGCGACGCCGCCGCGGUCUCCGUGGCGCUCCCGGGCGGCCUGCAGUUGUCGCCGCAGGGCCAGGUGGUCCCGGCGGCGGGCACGCCUGCGGCGCAGCCGGCCGCGCCGGUGCUGCCGCUGGGGCACACGGUCAAGCAGGUCCAGGUGAAGCAGUCCUGCGUGGGGUACAUCAUCGGCAAGGGCGGCGAGACGCUGAAGGGGAUCCAGGCGCAGAGCGGGGCCACGGUGCACAUCGACCAGAGCACCAAGGAGCUGGGCUACAGCCUGGUGCGCCUCACCGGGCCGGAGCAGGCGGUGGCCGCGGCCGAGGCCUUCGUCACCAACAAAGUCGCCGAGGUGGAGCGGGAGAAGAGCGCCCGAGAGAGCACCAGCUCGGAGCCGCAGAUCGCGGCGGCGGACGCGGCGUACGAGCUGAGGAUCGAGCAGAGUUACGUCGGCUUCAUCCUGGGCAGGGGCGGCGAGCAGGUCAAGCGGAUCAAGACCCAGACGGGGGCCAACAUCAGCAUCGACCAGAGCACGAAGGAGCAGGGCUACAGCGUGGCCCGCAUCCAGCAGGGCCUCGGGGCGGACUCCGCCAGGGCGCUGCUGGAGAGCAGGAUCGAGCAGGCCCGGGAGGCGACGCUCCAGCACCAGGUCACCUUCAGCGGCGACGAGGUCAUCGUACCGCAGUCCGUGGUCGGCUUCCUGAUCGGCAAGAACGGUGAGUCGCUCAAGCAGGUGAGGCAGCAGAGCGGUGCCGUGGUGGUGCUGAACCAGGACACGAAGGCCCAGGGCUACAGCGUGGCGCGCUUCGCCGGGGACCCUGCGGCCGUGGAGAUGGCGAAGUCCAUCGUGCAGGCCAAGAUGGCCGAGGCUUCCACCAAGCAGGCUGGCGCGGCUCCCGCGGCCCCGCCCGUCCUGCAGACCCUCCCGGCAGCCCUCCCCCCAGCAGCGCCCCCUGGGGUGCCGCCGCCGCCGCCGCCAGCGCCGCCUGCCGUGGCUCUCUCGGCGCUGGCGUCGCUGCAGGCGUUCUCGACGCAGCCCGCAGGGUCGACCCUGGUGGGGGCUCCGGCGCCGCCUCGGGUGCCGAUCGUCCUGCCUCCGCUGCGGGAGCCGCCGGCUCCGAUCGUGCUGCCGCCGUGCUUCGCGGGAGCGCCGCAGCCACAGUACGCCAGUACGGCGAUGCCGGUUGUCCAGACGGCUCCCGCAGGCGCUGGGUCAGGCGGCGGCGGCGGCGGGGAAGAUGGGUGGACCGUCGGCUAUGGCGUGCCGUCGCCUCCUCCGCCCCCUCCGCCUGCCGCCGUCGUGCCGUCUUGGCCGGAUGCGGGCACGGCGAUGGCGCCGUGGCAGGAUGCGGCCAGUUUCGCCCCGGGCGUGGACGACUCGUCGAGCUUCAUCAUCCCUGGCCUUGACGAGGUCGUCGCGUCGCUGCCAGGGUCGGACAUGGCUCCGCCGCCGCCGCCGCCGCCGAGCUGGUGACGCGCGGGCGCGGCCUGUCUGCGUCGCGAGGGGGAAUUCGCGCGCGGCACGCGGCUUGGAGUUCGUCCUCUGCCCGUCCUCGUCGUCGUUCUCGCCACUGGUGACGAGGCGCGUCGGUAUGAUGGUUGUAGGCAGGCGCACGGCUGUCCGCAGACCGCCCUUUGGGCCUGCCCUGCCGCUUGACCCCGGAGCUCCGACGGCUGGAUUUCUCCGAUGCGUGGUCCCACUGGCCCCUGGACGAGCUGCUAUGGGCCCUCUGGCCCCUUGGACGUCUCGCUCUCUGUCUGGGGACUGACUCCCUGGA